GUGUGUUUCAGUCGAUAGUUUACAUAGUUUGUCGUAUGAAUUUCACAAUCGAAUGCAAAUCAUAUUAAUAAUUGUUCCGUUGGUUUUUUUUCGAUAAAUUUUAUGAAUAAACGUACAAUUGCAUUUGAUACAGCAUUUUUUUGCGGUGAUUGUAACAGUGUUGUUGAGUACAAAAUAAAAAUGGAUUUUUUCUCAAUUUUCAUUAGAAUCACAAUGGCAAAAAGGCGAGGACCUAAAAUUUUUGGCGGUGUUCCAAGAAAGAAAGCAAAACAAGAAGAAAAGAAAAAAAAAGGAAGAAAAUGUCGAAAUACGAACACGUAAAGACCCGCCAACUCGAUAUUUAGAGAUGAAUAUGCAGAUUACCUCGUCGGUCACCUUUAUGGCGAAUGCUUGAAAGCAUCAAAAAUAUCGUAUCUGGCGUCACUUUUAUUGCUGUAUAAAGUCAACGAGGCGUUUGAUAUCGAUGAUUUCGAUUAUUUUAUUAAAACUAAUGGAAAAAAAGAAAUUCGUCAAAUUUUCACCGCUAUGCCAGACGAGUUUAUUGAAAUUGUCGAGGAAUUGACUAACAACGAAUUUGAGUGGCCAUCUCGUGACCUGAUGGGAAAUGCAUUUGAGCAUAUGCAUCAACAAUACCACCGGAGAUUGCCAAAUACAUGUCGUUGCCGCCGCUAAUUGUGUCAAAAAAGGGCUCACGACGCAAAACGUUGGACCGUUGCGUGAAAAAGUUGAUCGACAGAGGUCUAGUAAAUCAAGCAAAUCUGCCAAAAGAAUUCAAACCAGAGCGAUUAGCGUCACCCAAAAUGUACUAUUGGAAAAACUGGCCGCCAAACUCUGUGAAUGCACUUCAAAUGGGAGACGAUGAUGCGAACACCAAUGAUCAUCAUCAACAACAACAACAACCGGAACAAGAACAUAAAUAUCGAGAGCUGCGAUUUACCAUUGUUUGGCAUCGAGACAUUGUUGCGUCAAGGUGCAUAAUGUACAAAGCUCUGUAUUUCAUUUUCGAUUUAACAUUGAUAAAUUCGUUUGUGAGACCACCACAACCUCGAAGACCACCGUAUCGUAAAAAACCACCGGUACGCAGACAACCAAGAGAAAAUGCAAAUGUUGCUCCAGUCCAAGUAAACAAUAAUGAUCAACCAGCAUCAAGCAAUUGAAGAAAACAAAACAUGUUAACUAAAAUAGUAUUUUGUGGCUUUGAUUUGUACAUAAUAUCUGAGAUAUUAUGUAUAAAGUAUCCCAUGAGAAUUUGGAUAAAAUUAAACAAAAAUUGUUGCAGUUGGGCCAU